CUGAUCUAUGUAAUACACUGCAGUAUCUAUCGCCAACCGAAUGUGUUUGUGAAUGCCUCACCGCGAGGCCGUCGCCGUUCUACACAUGACAGCUCCGCAAUGACAGCACAGUUAAAUUCCCCACACAGAAGUUUCAUUGUUCCGUCCUCGAUUUUGUGAGUGAUGGUCGCGUGCUUGGUAGCAACAUAAGUAUCUCGCUUCGAGUUCAACCCACCGUGUUAAUCAGCAGUUUCUUGUGGCUAGCACUGCAUCCCAAAAGGGCACAACACGCUCUGAGCUGUGGGUCAGUUUCCAACCUUCCGCAUAGCAAACAAGCUAUAUUCAAUGGCGACGACAACCUGCCAAAUUUGCCUGGAUAGCAUCGAGAAAGAACAAUUGCUCUCAAACGUUUGCGGGAAGAGCUGCAGCGCCCGUAUCUGUGAGCAAUGCCUGGUCGUCACGUCGAGGUGACGCUACAGCAAUUCUACCCUGGCGUACUACCUCGAAUCCGCUGCCCAAUCUGUCUGGUCCCGAUGCAUGCGAGUCGCUGGGAAGCGUGCGCUCCAACAGAUACGAAGUCUACGUUGACGUCCAAGUACGCAGAGCUGUGUGGCCAGACAUGCGCAGUGACGCCUCCAUGCUGCCACAAAACAGGCUACACACAUCUUACGGUGUUUGAUCCUGAUCGCAAACCGUCAAGCCCAGUCAUGUUGCUACCAUCGCAACUCGAGAUAUUCAAGACGCUGUGCAAGGAAUUCUGCCGCCACAAACAAGAGCCUCGUACAGUUCUGAACUAUGCGUUUGGCACCUUCGGAGAGGAGAAAGCUUCGAUCCUCUUGAACGAGCUGAUGUUGCCUCGUAUUCAGGACCCGGAGCGACGUGCCACUCUGCUGCUGUCCCUGAUGUACUUCCGACCCAACACAAAGACGAACUGCUGCGGACACAACUUCUGCUUCAACUGCAAGCGUCGCGAUCACCACGAGUCGUGCGCAGAGGAAUUUAAUGACAAUAACGACCUGGUGCGCUGCCGUACGUGUCGAGUGCUGCUUCUAAAAGUUGAAGGCUGUGACGCAGUGCAAUGUGUCUGUGGAUUCAACAUGAACUGGGCGCGGGAGAUAACCCUCCGUCGAGACCGAAAGAAGGGCAAGCUGCCGGUUGAUAUCUUCGACAUCCUGCUGACGAACGACUGGCUCAUCUUUCAGAGUCGACUGGCCGUAGUUGUGAAAAAGCUAUGGCUGCACAAGCACGUGGUUGCAAUGCGCCCCCUGGUUCGCCCACUCUUCGUCGUUUACUUGUGGCGGUUCCGUCUCCGCAAGGUUCUUACAACCGAGUUAAGCGCUGGCUGCGUGGCACGACGCGCUACACACGUCGAUUAUACUAUUGCUAAAGUCAGAGGUGUUCUACGACCGGCCGUGGCAUCGUGCGUCUGGCGUCGGAGAUUUAGUAGGGCGGUGGCAGGUGUGGAAUCUGAGAUUUUUUGGAAGGCAUAUCGUCGCUGGCACCCGAAAGACGCCGAGUCUCAAGCUGAAGAAAUAAAUACUCUGCUGAACAUCGGCACGUACGAUGACGGCGAGUAG